CCCGGCCGCCCGCCCCAGCCGGCCCCGCCCGCGGAGGAAAAGGAGCGCCCGGGGUCCUUCCCCCGACGCGCCGCGCCCAGCCCGGCCGCCUCGCUCCGGCUCCCGCUCCCGGAGCUCCGCCGUCUGCUGCAGCGGGGCCGAGGCUGGGGGGCUCCGCACUCGGAACCGGAACGCCAGGUCCGCCGGAACCACCCGCACCACCCGAACCACCCGGAGCCCCUCUGCUGCUCCUUGGCCUGUGGGGCUCCUAAGCCCGUGCCCGGUCCACUAUCCUGGCAACCAAAAAAGAUAGCAGAGAUCAGAGAAGGCAGACCCGUGGCUGGGGAGACCACGAGCCUCUGGGAGGAGCAGCGAAGUGGCCGCGCUGGUCUUGAGCCUGUGAACGCUGUCGCUGUGGCUUGUGUGCGAGUGGGCACCUCGGAACAGGACUCUUCCUUCAUUCAACCAUUCGUCAUCACACUCACUGACCUCCCACGGUGUGUCAGGCCCUGGGCACUCUGGCCCCUACCCACCGAGCCCACCUAAGAAAGGCACACACCAGACAAAACAGCAGGAGUUGGCUCGGGACGGACAGAGAGAUUGCUGGUGGCAGGCACCAUGCCUGCAGACAGGGAGCCCUCAGACCUCAUCAAGACCCUGCACCUGGUCUUCCUUGCCACUUUCUGGGGCAUGCAGAUCUGGGUGACAUUCAUUUCAGGCUUCGUGAUGGGCAGCAGCUUACCGCGGCACACGCUGGGCUUCAUCCAGAGCCGCCUCUUCCCCUUCUACUUCCACACUGGUUCUGUUUGUGCCUUCUGCAACCUGAUGCUUUUUGCCAUGUACCACCCACGGGAGCUCCUCAACGAGAAGGAGGCCACCCAGCUGGUCAUCUUGUUUCUAUGUGUGGCCAUGGCCAUGCUGAAUGCCCAGUGGUUUGGACAGAUGACAUCGGACAUCAUGGGUGACAUGCACCUCAUUGAACAGAGCUAUGGCCUGGGCCAUGACAUUGGCCUCUUCUCCAGGAAGUCCUACACCCAUCUGCGGGCCACCAACCCCCGCUACCAGGCCCUCUGCAGCCAGCUCACCCGCUACCAAUGCCUGUCAUCCCUCUGUAACCUGGGCUGCAUGGUCUGUAACGGCCUGAGCCUCCUCUACCUGGCCACACACCUCUCCACGCUCUAGUCCCUCCUGACAGAGGAGGGGCUAUGUGGCAUUCUGCAGAUGAGCCUCUAGCUCUGUCAGGGGUGAGGAGGGAAAAUAACCUGCUGUGCUCCAAAGACCCUCGAAUCUACACCCUCCCCUAAACCUGGAAUGUAAGAGCUACAAGGGGCUAUAAGGACAAGGAGAGUUGGAGGUGCAAAAUGGGCCUGGCCCUGGUCUUUACACAGCAGCUCUGUCCCAUGAGGCCAGUGGGGAAGCUGACACCUGCUCUCCCCCCAACUCCCAGGGUUUGUGUUGGGCUCAGUCUCUGCUUCCCAUGUCAAGGGUGGAGAUGAAAGUGCUACAGAACCAGACAACAUGGCAUACAUCCAGUCCUUCCUUUCCCUUUCCCAUUUUACAGAUGUGUGGAGAGAAGGAAUGUCUUAUGACCUUGGAAUGACGGUGGGUCAGGGUAAGACCUCCAGGCCUCCAUUCUCAUGGGGCCAGUAGCACAUGAAUACAGAAUCACAUCUCAGAAGGGUUGGGACUGUUUUCCUUUUCCCAUAUCUGCUGGUGAUGUGAGGGCCUAAGGACCAGAAACUACUCUUACAGACUUAUUAUAAAUGUUCCAACUUACUUGGGCUAGUGACUAUUGUGAAACCAGUCAGACUGAAUAAAAGUUCUCUAUUUUA